ACAGUACAGUCCAUAAUUUUCUUCCUAUAUUCCUCUAAAAUCCAGAAACCCCAAAAACUUGUACAUAAAUAAUCUAUGUACUCCAAAAGCCAGCGGAAGAUGAAGGAGGAGAUGACAAGACGAAUCGAUAAGAGAUCAAGCGUCAAUUCGUUGCGACAAAGCUUGCUACUCUAUUCACUCGCAAGUCGCAUCAUCCCCCGAGGCCACCAUCGAUACUGCCGGCGAAGUUAAUAAAAGGGAGUAGAUGUGUUCGGUAAUGCGUGAAUUGUCGAUGAAGGCAUGAAUGAGCUGAAUUCAGUCCAUGUCGACAUGGAUUUGCUGUUACAGUCGCAUGUAAAGGCGUUUCUUCGUGUUGUUUCAUUUUCAUCAUGGUGAUUGGUGAUUGUCAAUUAUUUGAUCAUGAUUUACUAUGACUGAGAUUUUGAAAUAAGGCCGCCGCGGAAAAUCCAGCCACCAACGAUCAGCACCACCAUCAGUUUACUUUUCUCAAAUCAAUAAAAAGGAAUUUCAGCAGGCAUCAGAAGAUAGUCAAGAGUCCAUUGAAACGAGCAAGAGAGAACGACAGAAGCACCUGGCACCUCGUGUGUGUUCUACAGUCGGUUCCGUUUCGUGUUCAACGGCCACGGUUCUCUGGCAAGCAGUCGAAACCCUCAUCUUCUUCGCAUUAAACCCUAACCCUCUCACCCCAUUUCUUCAGCUCGCAUUAACGCUACUUGUUCUCUGAAAGAGAAGAAGAACGUUUCAAUUAGGAUUUCGUUUGUGAGUUUGUGACCGUUUCAUAGGUUCAAACGAGUGACUUUCGCCAAAAAAAUAUCUGGGUUUUUCCUUAGAGGAACUGUUUCUGCGUUUUUCUGCUAUUUUCGAUGUGUCUUUACUGCUGGUUUAGAUGUAUGGUUUCUAAAUAUGUAAUCUUUGAUUUGCUUGGGUCUAUGUUUUACUUGACUGUGCUUCGUUUUGGUUUCAUUUUCUCCUCAUUUUAAAGAUUUAGUUCCAUUUGUUUCAUUUUCGUAGCUUGCUUCUUCCGCAUUUGACAUAAUAAGGAUGAUCAAAUGUCUUAAACCCUUGAAGCGACUCACUUUCUGCGUUUUUCUGCUAUUAGCGGUUUGUCUUUGCCGCUAGGUUAGAUAUUUUGGGUCUGAAUUGUUGAUUUUGCUUUGGGUUUGUCUUUUUUGCUUUUGAUUCUGCUUUUUGCUUUGAAGGUGAUUCUGAUGAGGAAGAUGAGGAGUUUCUAAUCUGUCUUUCGAGUCUCUCUUAUGUGAUUGAAAUCAGUUUCUUCUUUUAUGUUCUUUUAUGUCUCUUUCAAGACCAUCUUCACUUGUUUAUCCUCUAUUCCAAGAGCAUUCAUAGCACUAAAAGCUUUCUUGAACUGGGAGUUAAUUGCCAAGGACAAUUAUAAGGCUCUCGCUGAUGCUAUCUUCGAAGCCCAAGAGACUCAGACUACUCAAGAAAGGAAUGAAAUGGAAAAGAAAGCUGAAUGCAGCGGUUCAGAACCGGACAGAGGAAAGAAGAAGGCACGUGAGAUUGGAUGGGAUUCAGUUAUGAGCAUCGCCUCCAAGAUUUAAUUUUGUACGAAGCAUUUCUUUAUUACAACCCUCUUCUCUUGUGGUGUUCUCUCAAGCAUGUCUCAAUUAUGACAGUCUUUGAUCUCGACCAUAACCAACUUACUUAUAGAGAGAUGUGGCAGCUGCAGUGUAGCAUAUGGAUGAAAAUCAUUGUCCCAAGUAGCAUGACAACAUAUCUAUAUCUGUCUUCUCAUGUGGAAGUAGCUUUGGGUGCUUCACAACCGAUUAGCUACAUGUCCUUAUAAUCUAUUGUAAAGGUGCUCCUGUACAUUGGUUUUGCUUUGGUUCUGAUAUUUCCGAUCGCCAUUUUCUACUUGUAAACUUGACAUUUUCUACAUUAUGCAGCAGGAUAGCUCUAAAGUUUUUUUAUUGGAAUAGUUCUUAAUUUUGAUAGUAUUCUGUUUGUAAUAAAGCAACUCUUUGAAAGUAAAGUAACUAUUCAAUUAAUGAGUGAGAGAAAGUAGAAAGGAAGAUUUAGAGAGUGGGAUUCAAAAGAAAAUCAUACUAUCCUGCCAUUAGAGCAUUGACUGACUGAGAAA